AUGGUCAAGACGGUGAAAAAUGACUUACUUGAAGCAGGUUUGAUACCAAAUGUUGAGAAAUAUCUCAAUGGACUCCUGUCCAGUGUUUGGAUUGUUCCACAGACUUUCAUCUAUUCUGAUGCAAGUCCAUCAGGCUGCGGGGCCUGGGUUUCUGAGUGCGCAGGCAUGAAAUGGGAUGAGAUUGGUUUGAGUUUGAAAUGGUUAAAAACUCCACUUGGAGAGAACUCAAACAUCAUGAUUCCCGGACACAUCAAGGCUAGACAAGCCGUCUAUCCCAAAUCGAAGGUGGAGAGGUUCCCGGUACCAGACAAUAAGGUUUCAUGGAUGUUGAAUGGCCGGAGUACAGCCCUGUCAGAUACACAGCGGAUAAACUCAGCGGGGCCUGUCUGGGCGGAUCCUGAUAUCAUGCAAGAGGCUGGUCCCUCGUUGAAGUUUAACUGCGUGGAUGGGAAUGUGAAUCGCAUAAGCUACACAGGACAUUAUGAGUGCAUUGAAGGUAUCCCAAGGAAUCCAUGCGGACGAACGGGAUUGAUGGAGAGGGGUACAUUGGGUAAAUGGGGACCAAACCAUGCAGCUGAUCCUAUAGUAACCAGAUGGAAGAUAAGUCAAUCUGGAGAGAAAGUACUACACUCUUGCUCAGACAAACCAAUUCUUAAAUUUAUUUCAAUCAGGAGGGUAGAUUCAGGAGAGUGGGCCAUUCCAGGGGGAAUGGUAGAUGCCGGGGAGAAAGUGUCACAAGCCUUGAAAAGAGAGUUUGGUGAAGAAGCCAUGAACUCAUUAGCACUGGAGGGUGAGAAACUGAAAGCUGUAGAGGAAGCAGUAGCGGAUCUCUUCGAACACGGUGUUGAGGUAUACCGAGGCUACGUCGACGACCCGAGAAACACAGACAAUGCCUGGAUGGAAACCAUGGCCGUUAAUUACCAUGACGACGAUGGUAACAGCGUCGCGAAGUUCCCUCUUCACGCCGGUGACGAUGCCGCUGCCGUCCAAUGGCACGACGUGGGAUCCGACAUCAAACUCUACGCCAGUCACUCGUCUUUCAUUCAGUUGGUUGCAGAGAGAUUGAGGGCUCACUGGCAUCUUUGAAACGGAAGUUUUUAGGUGCUAUCGACUUGUACAAGUCGACAUACAAACGUUGUAUGCCAAGUUGAUAUACUACGGAAGCUUUAAAGUGCCAUCGACUUGUAGAGAUGGCGAGAUGUAUAAUUUAUCAAGUCGACAUAAAAACGGUAUUAUAUCAACAUCGCGAGACCAAAGCGACAUACGAAUAGUUGUAUGUCAACUUGACCAGACACGCUUUAUCUCUACAAGUCGAUGGCACUUUGAAGCUGUAGACUUGACGAGAUAAAUUAUCUUGCCAUCUCCACAAGUCGAUGGCACUUUGAGGCUUCCCUACUCUGCAGUAAUGCAAUGUAGACCUACACAAUUAUUUAAUGGUGCCAGGUAUGGCGGAUGGAGCGAAGGCUUUUUAAAGAUACGAGCGAGCAAAGCAAGAGAGCAAUAAAAAAAAACUUGGGUCCUCUUUUCAUACAAAAAUCUUAAUUUUUGAUAAAUUUUUAAAUAAUAUUCAAAAAAUGAUAUAAUAUUUCAGUUUUAUCCAUUCCUUCUGUUUCCUUUUCUCCGUUUUUUUUUUCGUGAUUUUUUUUUUGCUUGGGGGGGUCAUGGCCCACUAGACCCCUACCAUCUUAACGCCAUUUGAUAUUUUUCAAAUUUUAAAUGAUGUGUAGAGGAUCUUGUCAAAGGAAUUUUAAUAUCUGUUGAGUAAAAUCGUGUUUAAUUAUGUUUCAUAAACAUUGCUAAAUUAAAAAUUCAAUGACUUCGUUAUUUAUUAUCAGAAUUUGAUGUUAUUCUUAUCGUUUUACUCAGUGAAUUUUACUCUUUUCAUUUAGAUGUAAAUAUUAUCAGUCCGAAGUGCCCCUUUAAAGGACAAGUACACCCCAACAUAAAGUUGAUUUGAAUAAGAAGAGAAAAAUCCAACAAAUUAGCAUUGUUUAAAACUAUAUUGUUCAGUCAAGUUGGUCCUUAUUGUCAAAUCUAUAAAAAAUGAAAUAUUGUAUAAUUCAAACAAUAAAAAACAAAAGAAAUAGUGAGUGAUGGACAUCAUCGACUGACUCACCUACUAGUUAUGCAUAUCACUGUUUUGUGAAAAAUAAGCGAAAACUUUAAAAUGUCAUAACUUUGUUAUUUUACAUCCGAUUUUGAUGAAAUUCUCAGCACUAUGCUAGUUUGAUUUUUCUCUAUUUAUUCAAGUCAGCAUUUUCCUGGGGUGGACUUGACCUUUAAGCAAGCAUUCAUUACUCAGUACCUUCACAAAAUAUAGUAAUCAUGAUAAUGGUGUCUGUUCUGUAUAUGACAAAUGAAUUCUCGCAAUUAUGUUUAACGUAGUUAUGUUAGAUAGUUAAGUUAUUUAAGUAAAGUAGUUAGGCUUUAUAUUGUGAAGUGCUAAGGCGCUAUAUAAACAUCGAAUAUUACAGAUUUAUUUAUUUAUCUAUUUAUUAUAUAUUUGGUAUAUCUCAUUGCCUUGUUAGUAUGGCCCGUAUUCUGAACUCUGGUUUAAAUUAAACCCUGGUUUUAAGUUGUGGUUUAACUAUGGAUAGCUAAUCGGGGCACAAAUCCCUAACAGUACAAAUCCACUUUAUUAAGUUAUUUGACACUAAAAUUGUUCAUAACUAUCUGGGAAUGAUUAUUGAAGUAUUUUUCUUCAUUAUGAAAGCAAAAGGAAACGAAAUAGUAAACAUAAGAAUUAUGUAAUAUAAACAUAAUUUUUGAAAUUUUGGCUCCCCAUAAUUUUAGCACAGAGUUAGACCGUGGUCUAAGUUAAACCUGACUUCAGAAUACGGGCCUAUGUGUCUAAAUUCUUUUGUACAAUAUAUUUACAAUUUCAAGCACGUUGUUUAAGUCCGUCACUCUAACAACUAAUUUUUGAAGUUAUAAACAGGUUGUUUAAAAGUUUGAACAACCUGUUGUUAGAGCAUGGACCUAUAGGUCCAGUGACGUGCUUAAAGAAAGUGCUAUUUCUUUCUGUGUAAUCUUCCGAAAAUCAUGGUAAUAAACAGACGGCUCAAAGUCGUCGGGCAAACUCUACGUAUCCCAUUG